UUGCUUUAAAUUUGUUACUCCUUGUAAACAUGAAGUAAUUGUAGAAGCAGAAGUCUGAGAUAGACAGCAGGAUGUAUUUUCAUUGGUUCUUGGUGGCUUGUUUUUCGCUGUUUUUAUUAACACAAGCUAUUUUACCGAAUGAAGAAGCUAACGCUAAAAUCCAAGAAGGGUUUCGCCAAGCUGUUCAGCAUUACAAGGAACAUACAUGUAUAAGAUUCAUCAAAAGACAACCCUACCAUCAUCAAUAUAUCUACUUCCACAAAGGGUUCGGGUGUUCCUCUCAUAUUGGACCAAACGGUGGAGUUCGAAAGGUGUCGUUAGAUCCAAAUCGAGGCUGUUACAAAAGAGAUGUUAUAGUUCACGAGGUUAUGCAUGCCCUGGGUUUCUGGCAUGAACAAAGUCGACCAGAUAGAGAUAAUUACAUCACUAUCGUUUGGGAAAAUGUUCCUCAAAGUGCACGAAACAAUUUUAGAAAAUACGGGCGUGAUAAAAUCGACAGUCUUGGAGUAGAUUACGAUUUAAGAUCCAUCAUGCACUACUCACAAAGUUCUUUCACCUCUAGAAAUAGAUUUACGAUAAAAACAAAGGACCCGAAAUUACAACAUCUAUUAAAUGAUGAUCGCUCGAAUGUUGGAUUGAGCGCACUUGAUAUUAAGCAGAUCAGAUUGCUGUACAAAUGCAAUGGGAACAAUCCUGUCACAGGUGGUCCAACAAUGCCAUCCUGCAUCGAUUACCAAGAUCAGUGUGCGAGAUAUAAAGAUUAUUGCUCGCGUCCAAAGACAGACGCAUUGCGCAAAUGGGUUGAUGAACAAUGCAGAAAAACAUGUGGAAUUUGCACCUAACUUUGUAAUUAGUUAUCAGAAUUCUUAUGAAAAAAAAUCUUAUUACGAAAGAA